GGUAAUUUCUGUGAUAAAGAUCGACCUGGAAGAAUGGCAGUGAACAUAAAGUUUUUAUUUGCGGACGUUUUGGUAAUACUUUUGCCACUGGCCAUUGCUAGCGAUUCUACAAACAUUGGCACAACAAAUGGCUUGAACGAGGUAGGUGUUCUACUAAAUCAUCUCCAAACUACAGAAGCAGUUGUUCAGAAACUUCUCAGACGUGUUGAACUGUUAGAAACUCGGAACGAGGCUCAACAACAAACGAUUCAGAACCAUCAAAUUCGUAUCGAGCAUUUGGAGUCUCGGGACAUCGACCAACAGCAGCUCAUUCUGAACCUCCGAAGUGAGCUUGUUGUUGAAGGGCAGCGCACAAGCUCCCUCGAACGAUUCAGAGAACGAAUCGGCAAAGUUGCUUGUCAAUCUGAAGACAAGAAAAAUAGAGUCAGCCAAACAGAGAAAAAGCCUGGCAAAGGUCUACCCACCCAGACGAGAAAAGUCGUUUUGAACCAGACAUAUACAGAAGAAAACAAUCCGGGAGAUCUAAAAACCAAGGGAUAUGAUCUGCGCAAAAGAAUUCGGAGAGCAGAUAAUGAGAAAAAUAUUGCUUUCUUUGCCACUUUGACCAACCACCUUGAACACGUCGGGGUACAGCAGACAUUUGUCUUCGACCACGUAGUAACUAACCUCGGCCACAGCUACAAUAGCUACAACGGUAAUUUUAUCAUCCCAGUGUCAGGAACAUACGUGUUUUCGGCGACGCUGGUCUCCGAACACCAUUAUAGCUCGCAUUCACAUUUCACAGUAAACGGACAAGCUAUUAGUUUUAUGUACGUUAGUGGUUCAGAAGCCGGAUUCGAUACUACCAGCCAGAUGAUAGUGGUAAAACUGCAAAAGGGAGAUGAUGUAUGUAUCCGCAAUAUUGAUGCCCAUAAAUCUUAUCUUGGAGGUCAUUACAACACUUUCUCUGGGUUCCUUCUACGACAGGACGUCUCGGAGACGGUUGUUGUCGGAAAGAAAUAAAUUGAAAUUAUUUGGUUUAUGAUCUAUACUCCUUUAUGAAAGUUAUGUUUGGACAAAUAAAUGGUUGACUGUUAUUAGUCUUUUUUUUAUUUGAAGAAGACCAAAUGUAAGAGUUGUACCCUUAAUUUCAUUUCAAUUUUAGUCAUUUGUUGCAGCUGUCUGCAUUGUUGAUUGCGCAGUUUUUCUUUAAA